CAACAUACAGAAGAAGAACAAUAACCCGCCCAGCAAACUGGUGAAAACAAAAUAUGACGUAAUUUUACCCCUACGCAAAGCCUGCUGGGAGCAUACGCUUUCCAGAGGACAUUUUGGAUUUAAAGGGACUGGUCCAGCUGUUAGUCUCAGCUCUCGGUCCCCCCUACGGUAGACUAGACGAUGUCCACGAUGGUGUACCCAAGGGAAGAGAAGCUAGAGAAGCUGUCCCAGGAGGAGAUAAUCUCCAACACCAAGCUGGUGAUCCAGGGCCUGGAGGCACUGAAGAAUGAGCACAACUCCAUCCUGCACAGCCUGCUGGAGACCAUCAAGUGCCUGAAGAAAGAUGAGGCUAACCUGGUGCACGAGAAGUCCAGCCUUCUGCGCAAGUCUGUGGAGAUGAUCGAGCUGGGCCUUGGAGAAGCACAGGUGAUGAUGGCCCUGUCCAACCACUUAAACGCAGUGGAGUCUGAAAAGCAGAAACUGCGAGCCCAGGUGCGUCGGCUGUGCCAGGAGAACCAGUGGCUGAGGGACGAGCUGGCCAACACACAGCAGAAGCUGCAGAAGAGCGAACAGAGUGUGGCACAGCUGGAGGAGGAGAAGAAGCACCUAGAGUUCAUGAACCAGCUCAAGAAGUACGACGAGGACGUCUCACCCACUCAGGAGGAGAAGGACGGCGAGCCACCAAAGGACUCUCUGGAUGAUCUCUUCCCCAACGAUGAAGAGGAGCAAGGCCAAGGCAUGCAGCACCAGCACAACAGUGCUGCGGUGGCCGCAGCCCAACAGGGAGGCUAUGAGAUCCCAGCCCGCCUGAGGACCCUCCACAAUCUGGUGAUCCAGUAUGCCUCCCAGGGGCGCUACGAGGUGGCCGUGCCCCUCUGCAAACAGGCCCUGGAGGACCUGGAGAAGACCUCCGGACACGACCACCCUGAUGUCGCCACCAUGCUCAAUAUACUGGCCCUUGUCUACAGGGAUCAGAACAAAUACAAAGAGGCUGCCCAUCUGCUCAACGACGCUCUGUCCAUCCGGGAGAAGACUCUCGGCAAAGACCACCCUGCUGUUGCUGCUACACUCAACAACCUAGCCGUGCUCUAUGGAAAGAGGGGCAAGUACAAGGAGGCCGAGCCACUGUGCAAGAGAGCUUUGGAGAUAAGAGAAAAGGUGCUGGGCAAGGACCACCCAGAUGUGGCUAAGCAGCUGAACAACCUGGCCCUGCUGUGUCAGAACCAGGGCAAGUAUGAAGAGGUGGAGUACUACUACUGCCGCGCCCUGGAGAUCUAUGAGUGCAGACUGGGUCCCGACGAUGCCAAUGUGGCCAAGACCAAGAACAACCUGGCAUCCUGCUUUCUCAAGCAGGGGAAAUACAAAGAGGCUGAGAUUCUGUACAAAGAGAUUCUGACCCGUGCCCAUGAGAAAGAGUUUGGAUCUGUCGAUGCUGAGAACAAACCCAUCUGGAUGCACGCCGAAGAGAGAGAGGAGAUGAGUAAGGGCAAGAACCGAGACAACACUCCGUACGGCGAGUAUGGAGGCUGGUACAAGGCCUGCAAAGUGAACAGCCCGACAGUGAACACCACCUUGAGAAACCUGGGAGCUCUGUACCGCCGACAGGGCAAGCUAGAGGCCGCUGAGACCCUGGAGGAGUGUGCCAUGAGGUCCCGCAAGCAGAUCAACACAGGCAUAGACCCCAUCCAACAGACACGUGUGGUGGAGAUCUUAAAGGAUGGCGAGGGGGACAGGGAGAGGCGGAGGAGCCGGGACAGUCUGUCCGGCGUCAAGUACGAGAGCGGCUCUGAGACCGUCGAGGAAGUGAGUAUGGGCGUAGAGUGGAACGGGGCCUAAGCCACAUCAAGAUUAUUCCUCCAUCCUUCUCUCCUCUUCCCCAACAAAUAGUAAAGGAUGUUUUUGUCGAUCCCCUUUGGCCUUCUCUUCUCUCCUACCACCAAAUGAAAAGCUCCUCCUCUGCCGUUCCUGGUGUCCUCGGCGAGACUGCUCCCUGUUGUCACGUCUGUCCCUGUACUGACAACCGUUGGGAUGUUUGGUUUCCUCUUCCCUCUGAUCCCUCUUUCUUUUCACACUUUUCUUUCACUAACCUUGUCUUGCUCCAUCGUCAGAAAUUUCACUCCCUAUUCCCAUAACAUGAAGUCAUGCCUAUCACAUUCUCCUCUAAAACUGACCAACUCUCCCUCUCCACCUCAGUCUUCUUCUAACAUGCAUCUGUAAUAUUCAACUGUAUUUAGUAAUGGCAUGAUAGAAGGGGUAAGUGUUUGGAAAUACGGUGGCCCGUUGGGAACACGGAGCAAAGCAGAAAUGCCAGAGUGGUUUUGGACAAUGACCUGCAACUGCUUCCACAGCCCUUAACAUCUGCCCAAAACACCAGUCUGUUACCAUGAUAACGCCUGUCCUUUUGCCUUCACAACAUAGUUGUGGUUUGACUGUCUGCAUCUCACAUCUCCCUUCAGGACUUCACUGUUGCUUUGCAUUGGCCUCAGUCUGUAUUUGUGUUGGAGUGGCUUUGCCUUCUAGAGCGUACAAGCAUACUCCCAGGACUGUUAAGCAGCUGGCAGGUGAAAAUAGUCUGUGAUCAAAUACAAAAUGGCUUGGGGUCUGCAGUUGAUUAACUUGGUGCCUGUAUCGUAAUAAUAAUUUGCUUCCUUAAAGUUAAUUUCAUCAUUUUGAAGUGUAACCAUAUGCCUGAGCAGUUUUAAAAAGGUACUGUAUUGUAAUAAAUGCGUAUGACUUUGGUAUAUUAGGUUGGCUAACUCUGACAAACGUGGUUGAUGUUGGGGUUUCAAAAGUAUCCUCUUUUAUAUAUAUUUUUUCCUAUUCAUUUUUAAUUUAGUGUGUUUUUCUUCUUAUUUACAACUUUUUAUUAUGCUUGCUUUGUAUUGACUGCCGAAGGCGGCGUGGUAUGUCAACCUGUUAUACUACCAAUAUGUGGUCUUAUAGUAGCCGCUGCCUGUUUUGUCUUGAUCGACUAAAACACACUGCAGCCUUUUUCAGCCUGUGUCAUACAGCAGCUUUAUAAGCAAACUGUCACCUUCAAAAUUUCCCGAGAGCUCGAGUUCUUCUUGGCUAGACUGCUCUCCCUUCUUUGAUGCAUAGCAUUUUACACACUGUAGGCCUAUUGUUUACCGUGCAUCAGUUACAUUUUAAAAAGGGAAUAGUGUGGCACAUUAUCUGGUUAAAGGCUACUGUAACAGAACCAACAUGUAACGUUGCCAAAACAUCCAUGUCGAAGCAACAGCACAUCUGUUUCCUUCAAAUGAGAUUUGCUAACCUCUUGAGACCCAAUGGCAAGUUAGUGACCACGUGGGCUCUUCAUUGCCUGCUUCAUAUUGCCUUUGAAUGUGUUGUUGAGAUUAUAAGACAUAUUAGUGUUGCCAUUUGAGGAAACGUAUGAAUCAUUGCAUGUGUGUUUUAAUAUGUUGCCUUCCCUACCCCUUACGUCACACAGUUCAUUACAGGUGAACAUUGUCCAUUUUGACUAGACCUCUUUUUGAACUGCGAAACCCAUAGUCAGUGCUGGUAUAAGAUCAUUAUCGUAAGUGUUUAACUAACUGAAUGUACUAUAAUUUCCAUAUUAUGCGUAAAUGUAGUAAUGAUAUAUUUAUGGAUUUGAUAAGGCACUCGUCACACAGGCUUUUGAAAUGUCCUUUGCCAUUCCUAGCCAUAAAGCAUACUUUCAAGAAUGCAAGCAACACUGAAAAAGAGGGCGAGAAACGACAAUGUUCAUCAUGUAAUUCGGACAAUAUUAUUGUUAUAGUGGAAUGCUGAUUUAAUGAUUAAAGUUGUCUGUAAUUGAUGUUAUAUAGUGUGAACUUCUGUUUCCUAGGGCAGAAGUAAACUCCAUGGCAAGCUCUAUAAGCACCAUCUUAGAAUGCAGGACUGCAUAAUGUUUACCAUUUCUUCUUGCAUUGUGGUGAUUGUUGCAUCAAUGCUUGUUGGUAUUCCCAAAUAAAGUUUUUAAUUUGUGAGGUGUCA